GAGAGGAGGAUGAGGAGAUAGAAGAUGCGCUACUGCUGGGUUUCAGUCUGAUACAUUGAACACAGGAAGUUUCAUAAUGCAGGUCUGGCUUGAGAGUGCUUUAGGAGGACACCUUUGUCUUCACGAGGAGUCCCCGCUGCACUUUUGUGACCGACUUCCCAAAUGCUGUUAACAGCAUGCGAGAAGACGACAAAACAGAGCAAUGAAGUGCUAACCGAAGACAUUAGAACAACUGAACGUUCCAUCUAUCUUCUAUCAUCAACAAACAAGAUGGAGUUUGGAAGUAUUUAAACACAAGAGGACACUGUAGGGACACAACCAUUGACAGAAGAUGAAGUUUGGAAGCAGUCUGUGUACGCUCAAUGUUGGCGGUCGCAGGUUUUCCUUCUCGGUGGAGCUGAUGAAGCAUCUCCCAUUGAGCAGACUGAGCCGUCUCUACCGCUGCGUGUCAGAGAGCGAGUUGCUGGAGCUCUGUGAUGACUACGACCGUGACAGAAAUGAGUUUUUCUUUGACCGGCACUCUGAGGCUUUCAGUUUCAUUAUGCUGUACCUGCAGCAUGGCAAAUUACGCUUCGUCCCGCACAUGUGUGAACUGUCCUUCUAUAAUGAAAUGCUCUACUGGGGCCUAGAGAGUGCAGACUUGCAACUGUGCUGCCAGCGGCGGCUGGACGAACGUCUGUCAGACUGCUUUGUUCACUUCUUCCCCGAGGAGGAACCACAGGACCCAGAAGAACCUCAGGAUCGCUGGCUGGAAAGGAUGAGAAGGACGUUUGAGGAACCCACAUCUUCAGUGGCAGCACAAAUCCUGGCCUUUGUGUCUGUGCUUUUUGUCCUCAUUUCCAUGGUGAUGCUGUGUGCGAGCACCUUACCAGAGUGGAAGGCUGCUGAAACACUGGAUGAGCACAGGAUCAUCGAGGCAGUGUGUAUAGGUUGGUUCACCGCUGAGUGUAUUGUCCGUUUCAUCGUGUCUCGGGACAAAUGCGAGUUUGUGCGCCGUCCCCUGAACAUCAUUGACCUGCUGGCCAUCACUCCUUAUUACAUCUCUGUUACUGUGACACAUCUGACUGGAGAGAAUUCCCAGCUCCAGCGGGCCGGUGUGACACUGCGUGUGCUGCGGAUCAUGAGAAUCUUCUGGGUGAUCAAGCUGGCGCGUCACUUCCUCGGCCUGCAAACACUCGGUCUGACGCUGCGGCGUUGCUAUCGCGAGAUGGUAAUGCUUCUGGUAUUCAUCUUUGUCGCCAUGGCCAUAUUCAGUGCGUUGGCCCAACUUUUAGAAGGCGGCAACCAAGACUACACCAGCAUCCCCGCUGCCAGCUGGUGGGUAAUCAUCUCCAUGACUACGGUGGGCUAUGGAGACAUGUACCCAGUAACUGUGGCCGGUCGCGUACUGGGUGGGUUCUGUGUGGUGAGCGGAAUCGUACUUCUUGCUCUACCAAUCACCUUCAUCUACCACAGCUUUGUGCAGUGCUACCAUGAGCUCAAGGUGCGCUCAGUCCGAUGCAUUCGUAGUUUGUCAACUGAUUUCAUUGACUGAAGGACAAAUUAAGCCUCAGCAGUAACUAUUAGCCAAAGUGUUUUGACUCAGAGCAAAUGGACGUGGGACAGGUCAGGUGAAGAUUAUACUGAUAAUUAGUUAUCAAAAUGUUUUUGAAAGAAACUGAGAUCUGUUGAAAUGUUUAUUCCCUCUUAGUGGAAACAAUUUGCAAGUACAGGAUUACAAUGAGGAACACUUUUGUUAAAUACAAAUUGAAAUGGACAAAAACUGUCAAAACAUUUCUUUAAAUGUCUACCCUAGGGGCACCUCCUGGUUGGGCCCUGUGCCCUGGAAGGGUCUGAAGCCCAUGCAAAGUCAAUCAUAGACCUGUGCCCUAAUGUGUCCUGCCCUAAUGUGGUUCUCAUGAUAGUCCAUGAUAGUCAUGAUAACGUACCCACACGGAUUCAGAUCGGGGGAUCCGUUCCUCCCAAACACCUACAUCCAGGUCACACAAUCAUUGCCAACAAGUUUCCCAGGAGAACCAUAGAGUCUCUUGUGGAGGUGUUCUACAGCACCACCGUGAGGACUUCCAAGAAGGCCGUGUAUUCUGAACUGCCAUUUGGUGCAGCCACAUAAAUGACAGUGAGCACCCUUUCUGUGACCCAAAGGUGGAGGGAAGUGACACUCCCAUUACAUUGGCAUCGAGGUGCGCUGAUAUUAAUAAGCCAAAACCAACUGCCGUAUCUCCCCUUGGACAAGGUCCAGGCCUUCUCAAGGUCUUUGGUUCCAGAGCCUGAAAUGUGGAUUAAGGUGACACCAAUUUUGUUUGGUCAGAACUUUUCAACCUCACAUACAAUUUUAGGGUCCAUGUCACAAGAACCAGAUUUGGUAGAUGAUAACCAGGUCCAAACACCCACCCCCGACAACCACUCAGUGCACAACUAUCACGAUAACGGAUAAAUAACAGAUAAAUCAAUUGAUCGAAUGAUGAAAAAAAAAACCAGGUUGAUAAUUACAACGUCCUUCUGCAGCCACGCUCUAUUUUGUGAGGUUCCAAAGCACAAUGGCUGCUACAUGAAGACACCAGAUUAUUACUUUUUAUUGUGUUCCACAUGACCACAUUCAAUGACCACAGCUUUAAGAGCUGAUUUCCUUCAUCAAUCUCCUUAUUUAGCAACUGUAAUGGUCUCGUAUUUCAACCCCUGGUUUUGUAAUUGUCUCAUGCGUAGUAUCUCUUGUUAUCCUUAGUCCGCUUGUGCCUUUUCUGUCUUAUCAAAUGUCUUUCAUUUAUUUUGCCUGCUCAUUCCUGUGUUGUAU